ACGACUGCAGGUCGGGCCCGAAGUUUUUUUUCUGUACAUCCCAACUUUGUCUGUGGGUAAAUAAUCAAAUUUUUUAAAAAAUUAACUUUAAACGCUUCAAGCGAAAUGCAACUAGAAAAUGUUAUGACCAAGGACCUGCCGCCACACCGGCAUCUCCUCCUACGCCAUUUUCUCUUGCACUCUGAUGUGAGGAAAUAUCUUCUUGUUAAUACCAAUCUGGGUCCCUUCUCUACGAUAAACUAAAUUGAUGCCAUAAAUUGUAAUAUUUUCACUCGUGUUCCGUAACACCAACACGCAGUGACGUCCAAGUCAGCACCAGUUGCCGGAAAGUGUUUCCGGAACGUGGAAAGUUGCCGUCAAUUCUGUUUUCUGUGCAGUUGUUUUUCCACGCAAGACCGUGGCACUUAUUGUUCAAUCUAAUUUUUUUUUUUUUAAAUUAUUAUUCAAGAAGAGCCACACAGACGGAAGUGCCGACUGCGAAUUUUGCGAUCUUAAAACAAUCUGACUGAUUUAAGAAGCCAUUCCAAGUUGAAAUGUGCCAUUAGCACAGCAGUCGAGAGAGCAGGGCCGGAGAUGUAUUAUGAGCGGAAAACGAAUUUACGUAUACAGUCGACCCUUAUAUAUUCCGCGAUCCGAAAUAACGAGAUUUGUUGUAUCCCGACGGCGGUGUUCUCAUCCCGAGGGCGACGCCAACGCGCGUGACCUGCGAUGUUGUUUGCUCUCAGCUGAGGAGCGAGUACCGCACGCUUCGUUUCGUAUAGACUUUCACCACUUUUUUUCCUUUUCUUGUUCACUCUCUUCUUUUUCUUCUUCUUAUCACGGGACCACUAUUUAUAGGUUUAGACGUGUUGUGUCUACCUGUACUCACGGUUGCCGAUCCCGCGGGAGUAAGUUUCACACGUAUGUGUUCCAUUUGUUCACACCCGUCAAAAAUCUAUUGUUUCAGAUUUUCUCGGCAAAGCUUUGAGUAGAGUUGAAUUCUCUAAUUCAAACUGGCCGUUCUGCUAGUCGUCUAGGCCGUUCAAACGGACGAAGCGUCCAUGAAACAUGAACGUGAGUGUGGUGGUUUAGACCCCCCUCCCCGCAACUAACGUCUUUUGAAGUUGCACAGUUUUGUAACGGAGCAAAACCUGCCGACGUCGUCGGUCUCGCACGAUCACCGCCGUGACUCUCUCAUCUUAUUUUCCAUGGGAAACACGACUGGCCUGGCCUGCGCCAUAGUCCCCCGACGCUGACGCAAAGACUUUUCUUUUUCCCGGGGUGUAUAUAUUUUGGUAUGUUUUGCCAUUGCGCUGGGUCCACGCCCUUUUGUAACUCAAUCUCCGUCCGAUAUGCAUCACGGCUCGGUGUACUGGUGAGUCUGUGUGGCGUUUCUGCGGCAGCACUGCACGAUUCUCCGUCAAACUCUCUGAUGGCGAUGGAAUUAUCAUCAUCGACACAUCCUUGAUGAUUGAUCUGAUUCAAUCAUCUUGUAGUGCAAAGCCGUUUCAUCAUUUUGGCCACGUUCAACCAGACCGACGAGAAGAAGCGAUCAAGCUAAAUGCCAUCAUUUUGAUCGAUGCACGUCUAUCUAUCUAUUCGCAGUUCGCACUAGUGCGAGUGUGUGUAUAGCCUCUUUUAUUUCCGCGUUUAGACACGGGUCGCAAUCACGCGGACAAAAGAUUCGCCUGCCAAGUAUGGGUCGUGGGAGGAGCUUGCGUAUCCUCUCAACAAUAAAGAAAUUGCGAGGGAUUCACAACCCAAAUAAAUAUAAGAGAUGAGAAGAAAAGAGAGUCGAGUGCAGAUGUUGCGGGUCGUCGUCGUCGUAGUAUUUUUGUGGAGGGGCAAAGAGCGGGAGUUGCGGCGGGAGUCCCGGUGGCGCUGCUGGGAAUCUCUCCAGAGAGGAGGAGGAGGAGGGAAGGAUAUGAUGGCCCGGAGCCCGUCUGUGUCUCCCACUUGUUCCCCCCCGACAGUGUCCGACUGUUUUUCAGUUGCCUACCAGACCCGAUUCGGAUAGGUCGUAGUUCUUAUUCGCUCCACAGAUUCUUCUUCUUCUUCCUUCACUUUCGGAUCCUCCUCCUCCCACUUUCUCCUUCCUCUUAGUCCGCCGGAACGAUCCAUUCAUUUGCUCCGGGCUUUCAACUUUUACGAGCGACGCGUUUCAGACAACAUCAUCAUUUCCUUGUCGGCCAGCAUGCCUCCGUAAUUCAACCGACAAAAGCGGCCCGCAUUUGAUGAUGGCGAUGACGGGAGUGCUGGUGGUCCUCGCCCGUCAACUCUUCAUCUACUCUCUGCUGAUUGUCGCCAACGAGAGUAAAAGAAUCGAAAAAAUAGCAGAAAGAAAUCAAGACGGCGACCGUCUGCUCCGUCUGCGCAAACAUAGUUGUGUCUCAUCAUCUCGUGCAGGUCAUCUGGGAGCCUUGCCCGGAUUGUUUGCCGACCACCACCAGCAGCAGGACGGAUGUGAUCACGACCACGGACCGGCUCCAUCGUUCAGCGCUCCGCAGAACGGCUCGACCGUGAAAGGCCAUCACGGCGCUCCCGCUCAACUGCACUGCAACAUUCAGGACCUCCAUCACCGAGCGGUGUCUUGGAUCAGGAAGACGGAGGACGAUUUGCAUCUGCUGACGGUGGGAGAAUCCAGUCACACGGCCGACUCGCGGAUAAAUCCGGAAUUUAUUUAUCCACAUUUAUGGCAGCUCAAGUUCAAUCCAGCGAUGAUAAACGAUUCCGGUACUUACCUCUGUCAUAUAUCCACCGACCCGCCACUCAUCCGCUACAUUCAUCUGGAGAUUUCAGUUCCAGAACCAAUCGUCGAGAUCGUCGACAGCCAAUCGGAUGCGGCCGUUUCGUCGGAUCGCGUCCUCUACUACCGGAUCGGCUCCAGUCUUGAACUGCGCUGUCGAGUCACACACUACUGGAUCAAGCCGAAGAUUUUUCAAUGGCUCAAAUCAGGCACUCCCGUUGCCGAUGAACUCUGGCGCGGUGGCAUCAGUAUCUACACGGAAAUCACCAAGCCCGGCCAGUUGGAAAACAAACUCAGCAUUGCCAACGCAACGAUCAACGACGGCGGUAACUACACGUGCAGUUUAGACUCGUUUUCCUUCAGCAUCGUUGUUCAUUUCCUGAAAGAAGAGAAACAAGCUGCCUCACAGCACGCAACGAAUGGCGGCCGUUUGUCGCUAGCGUUGCAUUCCCUCAAUCAGGGACUAGUUCGUCAUUUGCUCCUCUCGUUUCUAGUCCAAAUCAUCAUCGUCCACCAUCAUCACUUAUUCCGUGUCAUUCGCUGACCUAUGAAUCGUGCCGGCUGAAGAUACUUCCAUUUCCUUCCCCCACUUGGCAAAUCAGAUGAGACGCUACGUGAUCAGAAUGUCCCAGCAGGUCCCGCCGAGGAUCCGCUGUCUGCUGAAACUGACUGUUCAACUUUCUAUUCAAUAGAGGGACUAAUAUUUUGGAUCGAAUUCAAAUCGGAUUUGAUGUUUCCACUAUUUAGUUUUAUGAUUUACAAAUUAUUGCUGCGGAUACCAUAUGAAAAAAAAAAGAAAUUGAUCCCCCCAAAAAAAGAAGAUACCAU